AGUCGAUAAUCAUCCCUAUCCUUGUCACAAUUACUAACUUCUUCAGCGAACAGCAUUACAUACAGUACUACCACCUGUCCUGAGCUGUGCGACGCGUGUUGCCCUGGCCACUUUUGCAAGCUAAUACUCAUUACUAUAUCUCUUAGGCUCAAGUUACGAUGCAUGGCAUCUUCCGGCGGUCCAGGAAGCAUAAUUACGGAUAAAUAUUACAGAACGCGGGAGAGUAUGCAAGGUUUUAUGGGCGCCGCUACGAGCUGGCACUGGGAGCGGGUUGGAUAUUCGCCGAUACUGAAGUGAGACAAGGAUUUUCGGUGGCGUCCAGUACAAACAAGGCAUUGUAUCUUGUCCUCCCAUGAACCCUGCCGAAUCACUCUCCAAGUAUACAACUCAUUGAGUCUGAAGACGCAUCGCUGGUGGGAUUUUCUGGCGAACCGAGAUGGCCCAAUAAUGAUCUUUCUUACACCCUCUCACCCCCCUUCCCACGGCGGCACACAAUAUCUUCUGGGAUAUUGUCCCGGGAUGUCGGAAGAAGACCUCCCAGCACAUCUGUGCUCCUGAAACUCAGAGAAUCGCGCACCGGUUCACAGAUAUAGUAACAUGGCGAUGCACUUUAACUCCUUUCAUCCACCUCGUCAGUUAUAAUGACACGCCGUCCUCAUCAAUGUGUUCAUAUCCAAUUGAGCUCCUGCCUACCCUAAAACGGAAGUCGGUGUGCGCUCGCGCUCUGGUUGGAUUCUAAUUCCGAUCUGUUCUGCAGGGCUGCGACAGUUUGGCCUCGAAGAUAGGCUUCGGCCAUGGACAUCCCACGCCCAGAAGGAGGAGAUGUAGAUAUUGGUGGGUUGUGAUGGGCUCCUCGAAUAACCGCGGCAGUUGACUUUCACUUACAGGAAUUGGAAUCUUCAAGGCUUGCUGGGUGCUCACUGGAGUUGUCGCUCUCGUAUUACUUUUCCGAUUUGUGGUGAAAGCAUGGGUUUACUGGGCUCUUCCCAAGGUCUCCUCGCCCGAGAGGGUAUGGGGACUUGAAGACCUGAUAUUCCUAUUUGCAUACGCCUGCGAGAUCCUCCACAUGUGUCUAAUUCAAAAAAGUGCAAAUCAUGGCCUUGGAAGGCACUUCUUCUACCUAUCGAACGAGGAAAGAAACCUAUCAAUGAAGUGGGACUUUGCAUCGCAACCAGUUGCCGUUGCCGCCUCAAUGAUAUCUCGCACAGGAAUGAUGUGGUUUCUCUACCAGUGCUUCGGUAUCAACAACACGAAAGCGAAGCGCAUUCUGAUAAUGUGUGCGAUUAUUCAAAUUGUUGUCAACUCCUUCACCAUCCUCCAAAUCGUCCUGCAAUGCGGACCCAAUCCAUAUCGAUUGGUCGACCGCACAAAGUAUUUCCACUACAUGUGGGAUCCCCUCCCUACCGACGGCUCGGUCAUCUGCCAGGCCCCUUCGGUCCAGGCUACUAUCGGCUUCGUCCAAGGUGCCUUCAAUACCAUAAUCGACUUCUCCCUCGCAUACGUCUCCGCCUUCGAACUAUGGCAAAUUCUCUUCCGCUCUAGCACCCAUCACAGCAGCAGCUUCUUUGCUCGCUUUCGAGAACUCGACCGCACGACAAAAUCGCGGCGUUUGUGGCAGACUGCUACGCUUUCUGGACCUUUGGUGCUCAGUGGAGUGGCCAGCAUCGUUAAGACUUACCUGUUGAAGGCGCUAGGAGAUCGCCUGGAUUUCACGUAUAACAUUCCUCCAUUCGUGCUGUGGGUCAAAAUCGAGAACUACUGUAUCCUUAUUGCGACGUGCGCACCUGUCGUACGUCUCUUUAUCCGCAUAUUCAUCGACUCGCGUCGCGGUGUAGGUCCUUACGGCUCGAACUCGCGAUCAAAUACAGCUGGCCGCGGACAAGCUGGCACAGCGGGCACAAAAGGCAAGAACGAGAGCAAUAUCGCGUCGUCACAAACGCACUACGGUACCCAGGAUGGCUCAUUUAAUCGACUGGGUAGCGACUUGGAGCUAGCGAGCGUAGGCAGUGAGGAUCGGAUUAUAAAGAAGGGGAGUAGAGAAGAAAUCAAGGGAAUUCAGGUUAAAAGCGAUGUAGUUAUAAGGGUAGAUGAUAGUGUGAAUCUGGACGACGGGAGGAUACCGGGGACAGCUACUGGGAGGAAUCCCAAGGGGUGGUGUAGCGCAAAUGUGAGGGGAGGGAGGUAAAUGGGGGACAGUGUUCGGCGGAUACAUAUCCGGGUAGUAUCCGUGAUGUCGACGGGUAGGGUAUGUAUCCGGCCAAGAUCUCAC